AUGCAUCUGCGUCCAUUCUCGUCAACCGGUCGUCGGGCUGAAAAGCCUUUCGAGACAAUACACUCGGACUUGAAAGAAUUCCCUGUGACGUCGUACCACAAGUACAAGUACACAAUCGUCUUCUUCGACAAUUGCACGUCAUAUGGCUGGAACACCCACCUUAAAACCAAAGACGCAGCCUUUAACGCGAUAAAGCAAUUUAUUGCGAUGGUUGAACGCCAGUUUCCGAGUUAUAAAAUACUCAACUGGAUGUCUGACGGUGGAGGUGAAUACAGGUCGGGGAAACUCGAUGAAUUCUUCAAGGACAAAGGUAUAAAGGCACUCUAUUCCGCUCCCUACAUUCACCAACAGUCCGGACAUGCCGAACGGUUCAUCCGUACAACUGUGGACAAAGGUGAGACCAUGCGCUUUCAAGCGUGUCUCCCUGAAUCCUGGUGGGAAUUCUCUAUCAACCACGCGGUACAUGUGUAUAAUCGUACACCUAUCCGCCGUCUUGAGUGGAAAACUCCAUACGAGGCACUUCAUGGCUCAGUUCCGCGCAUUGACCACUUGCGUGUUCUUGGCUGUGGCGCUUAUGUGUUUUUACACGAGGAUGUUCGCAAGAAUAAACUCGCGCCUAAGUCAGAACUAAUGACAUACCUCGGAACUUCAGACGGUGGACACGGCAACAUUUUCAUGCGGGAAAACAAUUCAAUGUUUACCGCAGCACAUGCGCUGUUUGAUGAGAACCUCUUUCCU